UAUAGGUUUUUCUGGAAGCGCCGUUUGCGUCAAAAACUCCGCAGAACUUCUUCUACAGAUGGUAAAAUACAAAUUUCCGGCUACACGAAACCCCUCUUUGUUCUCUCAGACGAAGAAGGAAGGAAGUUGAAGUUUAAGAACGGUUAUUAUUGGUUAAACAAACAAGUAGGCAACAACUCUGAUGUUUUGAGCUACCAUGGAAGAUACAUGGAUAGACAGAUACUUUGAUAGGUUAAGUCUUAAAGUAACACAUGAGGGUUCCCCAAAACAACUUAUAUAUCCAAGAUCUGAAAUCAAGGAACAACCAAUAGAUUUAGACUCUUCACUAAAGAUGUUUUUCCAAGAAGUAGCAUUUGUUGCGGAUGAUUGGAAGGAUGUCAGCAGAAAGUACGAUGACAGGAGGUCAUUCCAUAGGUUUCUUCGGAUGUUAGAAAAAACUGGCCUGGACAAGUAUGCACUCAAUCAGGAUAUUGACAUCAGUAUUAGUUACCAGCCAAAUAGAUGGCAUUCUCUUGAUGCUCAGUCGUAUGUUAUGGAUGCAAAUGAAUGCUAUAGUGGAAGCUUGUCAUUGUUGCAACUUAUGCAAAGAAUUUGUUCAGAAUCUGGCGAUGAUUUCAGGCGAGAGCAGGCUAAGUUGUUGGAGUCUUUCCUCGGUGACCUCAUCAAGAUACAACAGGAGCAGCGGUUUGUUGCAUAUAGUUUCUCUGAGCAUCUGGAACAAUUGAGAAAAUCUGAUACAGCUGCAUUUUCUUCCGAUGCUGUUGAUGAUCAUGGAGAUAGGCACAAGUGUCCUCUUACCCACAACACCGUGGUCUCCUGUCUGUGGCAACAAAAGCAUCUAUUCGAUAGUCUGUAUAUCAUGUCACGUGAAUCGGCCUGGUUGCUGAAGAAACUCAAAAAGUCCAACAAGAUUCUUGACAUCAUCGCGGUUUUUAUUUCAGAGUUCAAGGAAUCAAAGGAAUUGUUGGAUCGGUAUCUUUUCGAUGAAGCUGGCCUCUUUCAUAAUCAUCCGGUUCAAUUUGUUUUGGGUGAUAAUCAUACAAAAUUAGAAGCCUUUGGAGGGUGCAUAAAAAAUCUCCAGGAGCAAGGCGUUGAAAGAAAAUCUGUCGAUGAAACGCUGCUUGGAUGUUUUAUAGAUGUAGUCAAUAUGUACUACAACCGUGCAGAGCCAGGCAAUCCGUCUGGUGACACCUGUUCUUCCCUUCAAUAUUUGUUUUCUGAGGCUGCUGAGAAAAUAUCAGAGCUGAUAUAUGAAGCAGUAGAGAAGCUAAUUUCAGUCAGGUCUUCUGAUCUUACCGCCGGAGGCUCUCCACUUGGAUGUAUCGCUUUGUGGAGAAUUCUGUUUGAAUCAUCUCUAAUUAAUCUUCGGUUGGAUCACAUAUGUAAAAACCACAGUGAAACAGUCAAACUCGGGGCUAAACUGUUAGACACUGCCACAAAUAAUCAACUGGAUCAAAUUGGGCUGGCGAUUAAUAAACUAUUGACUGUUGGGGAAAGUGUCCUAGUUGAAUUUAUCGCCAUGCACAAAACGGUGGCAAGAGUUUCUUAUGAGCUAGGAGAUGCUUUCACAACUGGUGGUAGCAAGCAUGUUGAUGUCGAUGACUUCAAUAUUGAUGAUUUCCCCUGGGAUAAACACACUAUUCCUGAUUAUUUUAAGAUUGACUUUAACGAUCCUAGGACUUUGAAAUGGAUGCAAGCUAAUCCAGACUACCUAGAGUGGGACGCCGGUGGUUUACGCAAAGAAAUAUGAGUUUAUGGAUAUCUUAAUUAGUGUUAUGUUUUAGCUGUUUCCCCUCUUAAAAAAUAUAUUGUAGUAGGGCUUGCAGUCAUGGAACCUAAUUAAGACGAGACUACUUUCUUGUGCUGUGGUGUUCAUAAUGACAGAAUUUAUCUUGGCUUC